CUUCCCUCGGCAUCCGAUCUUUGAUACGGAAUCAGAUGUGGAGACGAUCGCAAGUCCAGAAGCAGAAAGCUCUCGGAAAAGCCCGUCCUAAUCGCACAGUAUUACGAUAUCAACGACCUCGUACCGAUGUCGGAACAUGCUGCGGAUCGAUCGAUGGUCCGAGCGCGUGAUGUGUCAAUCGCUGGGUGCGUAGUUUCAGGAGCUUCUGUGAGUCACGAGCGUCCGCACAUGGCGUGUUCAUGUGUCUGACGCCCUUCUCGUGGCCGUGGACUUGGACUGGGCUCAGUUACCAAAACCUGCUGUCAGACCGAAUGCUCGACAGAAUUCUGUCUCAGCAUGUCUGCGCCGCAAAUGAGCGCGUCCCAAGGACAGUGCGAGCGGUUUCAUCCUCUAGGACCACUGAGCGAAUUGUCGGCAUCGAGUCUUUUGUCGGCAUUGUGACCUCAGCGGUUCCGCAGUCUUGGGUGCCUAAAUUGCGUAACCUGCUUCCACGUGCUCGUUCAAAGGCUGUCCGUCGUUCGGCUUACGGGAGAUGUGAUUGCGAAGGAAUCACGAGAAGGGACGGAAACGGAAACUGUCAGUAGAUGCGGGAAAGUGCUGUCGAGAAGUGGAGAAAACUGCUGUUUUGGGAUUCGACAGCUGAGCACGAAGACAUCUCAGCCGUCCGGUGGCGUCCAUAACCUUCGCGCAGCACGAGAGAAACCCUAGUCAGGGUUUGGGAAUUUGUGUCGAGAAUUCGACCAUGAUCUUUAGCCAGUGGUGCUUCGCCAUGACUUGUGCGGGGAGGGUCCUUCACAGCUCUCGAACUCAGCAAAGGCAAAAUUCCUUCGUGACGAACGCCUUGGGUUCCGAGAGACUGGGAAUCAAUGACCAUGAAAUUUUCGAGCAUUUGAAGCCGGCAGUUGAGCGGGAAAACGAAUUUUGAGGAGCAAUGGAGAAGAACGGGAAUAAGAGGGGCAGGCAGGACGUGGACCCAGGAGUCGCGAUCAAAUGUGUCGUCGAGGACAAAGGUGCAUGCGAAAAUGAACAAAGUCCGGCGAUCGUCGCCGUUUGUGAGAGGGGACAGAGCCCACUGAGCGUCGCAGAUGAAAUCGAGGAUCCCUCGGCCAAGCGUUCGUCGAGCAACGGCGACAGAGAGCCGAAGCGUUAUAAGAAGAGGAAAAUCGCGCUGAUGAUCGCAUACUGCGGAGCAGGUUUCCAGGGAAUGCAACGCAAUCCCGGGGCCACCACGAUCGAAGGAGAGCUCGAGAAAGCGCUGUUCCAGGCCGGGGCCAUUCAGGACAGCAAUGUGGGCCAGCCGAAGAAAGUGGGUUGGAUGAGAGCCGCGAGGACCGAUAAGGGAGUCAGUGCGCUAGGCCAAGUCGUAUCGGGCAACUUUUUCAUCGAUCCCCCGGGACUUGUGGAGCGAGUGAAUUCCCAUCUCCCGGCGCCCAUUCGCGUGCUGGGUUACAAGCGAGUCACUCCUUCGUUCGACGCAAAGCAGAAUUGUGUUCGCCGGAGGUACGAGUACGUGCUCCCUGUUUAUGUGUUUGACCCUGACCUUGUCACCGCAUGUUUGGCUGAGCAAGAGGCCAACAAUCCUGGCGCCAGUGAACUUGACGAUGGGGCAAUCGCCGCAUUGACUUCCUCUGACGGUGCAGUGCAAUCAGAUAGCACGACGGUCGACACGACUGCUGUCGAUGUCAGCGAUACAGCCUCGGAGCAGCAGACUCGCUCUGUUUCAGCGAUUGCGCUGAGUGAUGUGGAGACGGCUCCAGCUCCCAGGAUCCAAAACCCAGAGGAGGAUGGAAAUCAGAGGGCGACACGGGCUGCUGCAAAGGAAGCCGAGAAGGACAUGGAGAUGGCAGAGAUAAGAAAGUAUUUGAUGGAGAAGUCGGGUGCCAAGAAUGCAUUUCAGUUUGGAGAGGACUGUAUCAAUCGACUGAAUCGUGUCCUCGGUCGGUUUGUCGGAAGUCAUAGCUAUCAUAAUUUCACCCCUCGCACGAAGGCCACCGAUCCUAGCUCUUUGCGCUACAUCAUAUCUUUCGAAGCGGAGAGCAAAUUCGUUGUCGAUGGGGUGGAGUUUGUUCGCUGUUCCGUGGUAGGGCAAAGCUUCAUGCUGCACCAAAUUCGCAGGAUGGUCGGCCUCGCUGUGGCCGUUGUACGAGGUUGUGCUCCCGAGUCCAUCCUGGAAACUGCUCUGAGAAGAGACUCUGAGGUGAAAGUUCCAAUGGCUCCUGAGCUCGGGCUUUUCUUGGAGGAGUGUUAUUACUCCAGCUACAACAGCAAGUUCGGCAAACUUCACGAGGAGGUGUCGUUAGUAGACUACACGACGGAUGUGCGCAAAUUCAAGCACGAAGUUAUCUAUCCGCACAUCGCCUCUACAGAAGCGAGAGAUUUGGUCUUCGCUUCAUGGGUCCAAAGAAUCAAUGAUGAACACUUUCCUCAUUUUGCGCUAGCCAGAGAGAAAGAAAAUCUGGCCAAAGCAGCCCCUAAGUAAGCUGACGCUCCAUCUGCAUCUCGAAAAGCAGCCUACAAGCUCCUAAGCGAGCUGUGUGGCGAAGACCUUUCCUAUGUACAGCUUUCGCUCGGGAGAGGACGUGGAAACAUUCUGCAGGGCCAUGUUUUUCAUCCACAUGAAAUGUGGAUGAAUAUCUCUUCUAUUUGAAAGACGUGUUCCAGAUUGCCAAGAUGGCCCUGCAUCAGGCUGGUCUCAGAACAAGCAACAGCCAUGCAUCAUCGCUGCUGUGAAUGGUGAGAUACUCUGACAUAGAAAUGGCUUGUAUCAGCUUACACUUCGGUGGAUCCUUGACCCGGUGAAGUUCUUGAAUCUCUCGGAUGCAGUUACCUCCAUUGCAGGAUAAGAUGCCAGCAUUGAUCAUUUCAUGUAGACCAGAUCACUGAUGUAUCUUAUCUAUCAACCUUCCCGCCAUGGUCCUCUUCUUUCUCUACAUUGGGAGAUGGGUAAAGAGUUCGCCGAUCGAGGCCGUCCACUCUGAUGAUGUGGCAGGAGGGAUCGAAACCGACUGAGAUUUCUUUCUCUCAGCGCAGACGCUCCAAAGAACUAGGAACAGUGGUCGUGAUUAUUAGAUUGGAUCAUCUAUUGCAUUUCCUCUGAUCUUGCGGGAAGUUUGUUCGAUGGGAUCGAUCAGACGGUGUUUUGAAUCGGACAGAGUGGGCAAUGCCUGAUUCGUGUGUGCUUGUUGUCGCCGAAUGCGAAUGGGGUUGGUUCAGCCCAACGGUUUCUUGUUCAGUCCUCGGAGCUGUUCCAUCCACGAACGAUUUCACACGGUGUUCAAUCAUGCAUCUUGCACUCGAAAACGCCGGGCAUGUAGUGCAACAUGAGCCGAACUUAUUUCAACGCUCCUCCCACGUGCGAUGAUCAUUCUGUGCAAACAUCAUAGCUGAUAAGGAAGACGAAAUUCACCAACCGAGUCCCACUCGACGAGUGUUACCGUGAGAGGGGUUUGUUCAGCGCAGUUACUGGAAAGUGCCCGUUUAUCAAAACAAAUCGUAAAGAACAGGUCUGUCGUUGGCGGUUACUCCUGUCUUGAUUUUUUGGGGUAAAAUAUGAGUCUGUCCAUGUAAUUAGAAUCUUCAAGGAUCACAAUCAAUGUAAGCAUCAGUACCGUAACGUACAGUACAUGAGUGCUCAGGAUGUACGGUCAGUCUUUCACAUGUAUGAUCUAUCCCUACACUGAUUUACGCGUCAAGUCAAUCAGGUGUGACCACAUGCCCUCUGCACAGAGAGCAGUUAAACAAUGAAUGAGUACUUGUGUCCUACUUGCCUACUACCGCAAUGGCAUUAUGGUUCGAUCAGGAGUCACCACAUGCUCGGAC